AAAAAAAAAAAAAAAAGCAAUGGGGAAGUUUACUUUUAAAGAUCGGCAAGAUAGAGGGGAGGAUUUUCUACGAUUUCUCAACACCGAACAUAUCAGCAUUGAUGGCAUGAGCAAGGGACAGGUCGCCGAGUUCUACAAUGACCAAUACAAGAAGUAUUUACGCCAGAUCAUUCCAGGACAGUCCAUUCCUAGCUUCAGCAGUGUGCUACAGCCCCUCUUCAUGAAUGGAAUCAUCCACCUGAAAGGUGCUUUUUUUUACCUCGGAUCGCAUGACAAUGCCAGAAGUGAAGCUGCAGAUACAGUGAAUGGUGUUGGACCCGGUGGCGAUGCUUCAUCGGCUGCUUCCUGGGGAAGACCAUAUUACCGAAAGUUUGCCGUGGAUCAGCACAAAAUCUUGAAAAAACUCGAAAGAGCUGGUAACAGGUCACCUACAGCAGAAGACUCUGGUCAGACUGAGUCUGAUGAACCUCUUCCUGAAUACAUAUCGGUGAAGGACAGGGUGUUUUUUUGUAAGUUGUGUUCGGCACCAUGUACAUCACAGCAGGAGGUGGUGAAGCAUGUGGAUGGAAGAAGGCAUCGAGUCGCAGUUCUGGUACACAAGCUCAAAUCGGAAAAAGACAAAUUAACGAAGAAUAAACAUGGCGUCGUAAUUUCUGUUCCAUCAGAUGGGCAAGAUGCUGACACGGUGCUGCUAUAUCUCAAGGAACAGCACCCAAGAGACAUAACUCUGACCAUUAAGAACGUCAGCAGUGCACAAAGUGUCGAACUUGUCAGCUGUGAAUUGUUAAAAAGAAUUCGUGUUUUUCAGUUAGAUGACGUUGAGAAAGUCACCGAAUCACAGAAUAGUGUUGUCAUACAAUCAGGCCAGACAUAUGAUAUACAAAUCAGGGCUGAGGCACGCAAUAUUGGAAGUUACCAUUCACCACUUGCUCUUCAGUUUAGGCAUGUCGACAAUGCAGAUUCAACAUUCCAUAUUGUGAAGUAUCUACACGCAAAAUGUCAAAAUGAAACCAUGGAAGAAAUAAAAAAAGGUGUAAAGAAUGUGAGACGAGAAAACCAAUUUAAGAAAACCAGGAGUCAAAGGAAGGCAACACGCACCAUCAAUGGAUACCCUCUUCCAAAGUUUGGCUCAGAUAAGUUGGAGAGGAAGGUAGAAUUAAAACAAUACCUCAUACCCGAUUCUCUGAGAAAAAUGAUUAACCACGGACUCGCAAACACCAGUCAUUUGAAACAGUUUGAGAAAAUUGAACUCACAGCUCUGAGGAAGAUGUUAGAGGAUCAAGUCACCAUGGAAACGUACUGCAAGAAAAUGUCAACAUUGAUGCACUUUGAGGAGAUUCAGAUGGAGGUUGAUAUACAGCAGUAUGACAUAGAAGAUAUCAUGAUGUUGCAGUAUCAUAGGAACAAACGGUUACUGCUGCUGGAUGUUCCUGGUUUAGCUGAAAGUCGACCGUCUGUACUUCGUGGUGACCAGUUGUUUGUGCGAAUACGGGAUAACGGCGGAAACACCAGUGAGAGGGAAUACCAAGGUUUUGUUCACGAAAUUCUACAAACUCAGAUCGCACUGGGCUUUCAUGAGAGUUUGAUGAAAGAACAUGUUCAUAACACAAGGUUUAAUGUUCGAUUUAUCUUCAACCGAUUACCAAUACGAUUGAUGCAUAGAGCUUGCGAACUAGCUGAUGAACUUAGCCUUGAGAAGCUGAUCUUUCCAACAGUGAAAAGUAUUGGAUCCUUUGGACAAAUCCGUCCAGUGCAUGAAUCAUUAAAAUAUUUUUCAACGGAUCCACACCCGAACAAAGAACAAGACAUUGCCAUCCGCCACAUUGUUUCUGGGACAUCUCGACCAGCACCAUAUUUGGUGUUUGGGCCACCAGGCACUGGGAAAACAUUUACUAUUGUUGAAGCCAUGAAACAGAUUUGGAAGUGCAUUCCCGAUUCACACAUUUUGGCUUGUGCUCCUUCCAACACUGCAGCUGACCUCAUUGUUGAGCGACUUCUGAAACAUCUUCCCAUUAAGGACAUCUUCCGACUGAAUGCUGCAUCACGUGUCUGGGCUACCAUUCCUGAGAAAAUUAGGGACGUUUGUAAUUAUGACACUCAUGAGAGUCGAUACUUCUAUCCAAACAAGGAAUCUAUGAUGAAGUACAGAAUAGUGGUUUCAACGCUUAUUACUGGUGGAAGACUUGCUUCAGCGGACUUCCCAUCUGAUCACUUCACUCACGUGUUUAUUGACGAGGCUGGGUACGCGGUUGAACCGGAAUGUGUUAUUGCUGUGGCGGGGAUCCUCGACUGUAAUCCCAAUGUUAAAAAUGGAGGACAGCUGGUCCUGGCCGGCGAUCCCGAACAGCUCAGAGCAAUCCUGCGGUCUCCGUUUGCAGUCAAAUACAACCUUGACAGGUCAUUGUUGGAGCGGCUGAUGGAAGACCACACUAUCUAUGGGAAAAUAGCAACAUCUCCAGACAGUCCAGCCCAGUACAAUGACACCGUGUUGACCAAGUUGGUUAAAAACUACAGGUCACACAAAGUGAUUCUCCAUCUGUCAAACAAACACUUCUAUGAUGGAGAAUUGGAGGAAGCUGCCCCAGAAAUACGACAGUUGAUGUGUCAGUGGGAAGGGUUACCACGGACACAUUUCCCUCUCAUUUUUCAUGCUGUGAUAGGAGAAGACAUGAGAGAAGAGAAAAGUCCAUCUUUUUUCAAUUUAGAAGAAAUCUGCGUUGUUGUUAAGUAUGUAAAGGAUCUCAUGGAAUCGCGGGUCCAAGGAAAAAAGCUGAAGCAAGAGGAAAUUGGAGUUAUCUCUCCUUAUAGAAAGCAGGUGCAGAAAAUAAAGACACAGCUUGCAAAGAACAGGUUAUUUGAGAAAAUCAAAGUGGGAUCGGUUGAAGAGUUCCAAGGAUCAGAAAAACUCAUCAUCAUUGUUUCGACAGUCCGCAGCAAUCCCAAAUACCUUUCUCUUGACGCCAGAUUCAACCUGGGCUUUCUCAACAACCCAAAGAGGUUCAAUGUGACAAUGACUCGAGCAAAAGCAUUACUUAUUGUCAUCGGUAACCCACUAACUCUACAGAUGGACUCAUACUGGGGAAGUCUGAUACAGUACUGUAAAGACAAUGGGUCUGUGUUUGGGGAGGAUCUGAUCACUGAUCCAGAGCAGGACUUUGAUGAUGUUUUACAGAGGAUGGCAGCCGUUAAUCUGGAAUCCCCUGAUUCAAAAAUGAUUAAGACUGCAACAGCUGAAGAACACCCAUGGAGAAAGGAUAUGUGAUAUCUGUUUUUCGUCGGGUUUUUUUUUAAUAGUUUGUGAUUUCUGUGGUGCUGGUAUUAGCAAGAACAUAAAAAAUGCAGUGUGGAAAAAAUAUUAAGUUUAAAAUAAGUCAUAUUCAGAAGAACACCAAUGGAAAGAGGAUAUGUAUUAAGAUUUCUAUGCUUUCUGAAACAGUGAUAUACCUGAACCACAUAAACAUGCUGUGUGAAAACCUGCCAUUUAGCUGACUAACAUGUGGUUUGAAAUGGCCGUAAUCUGAGUUUCUCACUGUUUACAAAAAUAGUGGAAUUCAUCAUUUGUCUGUAUUUCCGUCCAUCCUACGAUGUAGUUAUGUGUAAGCCUAUGCAGUGUACUUUCCUUGAUCACUUGCUUUAUGAUUUGCUGCAACUGUUGAAUACAUACUGGAUAUGUACAUUAUGUUGUUUAUAAUAUCGUGUUCGUGUGGACCAAGACAUUGCAGCGUACACUAGGAAUUUAAUAUAAUUUUGUCUUGUGUUCAUAUUUUACAUUUUGUAUUUCAGGAAACUGUUUUACUUUUACUUAAAGGGUCAUUCCUGGUUUUAAAAAAAUUAUUUCUAAAUAGAUUUUUUAAAUUGUAAUUAAUUACAUAAUAUGCUUAAUGUUUUGCUUGAUAACUUAAGCACAUUAUGUAAUUGAUUCAAAAGCAUUUAUUUUUAAACAGUAUUUUUAAAGAAUUAUUAUAUUUGUAUUAAAAUAUAUUUUAGUGGAAUAUAAUUUAAAAUAAAUAUAAUUUUAGUUGGAUGUACAUAUGUGUGUUACAACUAGACAGUGUUGCUUAGAAACUUUCAGUUUGUUUGUUUGUCAUUUAAAAUUAAAUUAGUUAGUUUAUGCACACUGCAUAAUUUUAUGCAUUUUUCAGUUUAUAAAUUAAAUCUAAGACCCGACAUUAAAAUGGCUGCUAAAGAAAACUAACUUAACAUCUUUCAAAAUUCAAUAAUUGAUCUUUGAAUUGACUUUGUAUAUCUAGUAUAUAAUUAUGUGCAAGUUUCAUCUUAUAAUCUAAAACUUGAUAUUUACAAUAGUAUUGCUAUAUUACUAAACAAAAUUGAUAUCAUCCAAGAUUAACCGGUGUGUAGUGUUCUUAAAAACUAAAUUGUUGUUUAGCAGAAUUAUAAAUAUUUUAAGCUGAAUGAUGAAUUAUAUAAACUAUUUUAUUCAAUUAAAGUUAAUUGUUACUUCUAUUUUUUAUCUUUUUAUUUACCCAAAAAAAAAAAAAGAGGGUAUUUUAGAAUACCAUUGUCUUAGUGUUUAAUGUGUGUUCUGUGUGCGUGUUUUGUGUUCCUAUGUUUAUUAACAUUACAAAUUAAAACUGAUUUAACACUCUUUACACACUCAAUUAUUAAAUUAUUUUUAAAAUAAUAUUUUGAAAAAUGUAUAGUAAAGUAUGUAUCCAGUUAUAAUUUUACAAUAUUUACUGUCUUAUUACAGUUGAGGACAUUCUUAAUAAUUUAUGUAAUUUGAUAUAAUAAAACAUUAAUAAAUUAGUACAUUUUAUGCACCCAGUAAUGUUUCCUUAUACCAGAUAAAUGUCUUAUUGGCUCAAGCUGGCUUAAAUAUAAAGUAUUCUUUGUUUUUGUUUUACUAGUAGUGUCUGUUAGUAAUGAAUUUAUCUUUAUUGACACUGGUUAUUAUUAACAAAAUGUUUUACCUUUUAUAUGAAUUUUAUUUUGUAAAUUACUUUGAAAUAAUUUUUAGAUGGAGAUAGAUAAAAAUGCAUUGUCUCGGCUGUAUCAGUAUUUUCAGGACUGCAUUUUUUAUAUAUAUAUAGAGUUGAAAUGAAUUUAUAAAUCUAAUCUUGACAGAGUGAAUGAUAACAGGAUUAGUUUUUAUUUCUUAAAAUUGUUUUUAAAUAAUGACUGUACUGUACUGUUACUUUAUUAACAUGAUAACAGGAUUACUUUUUAUUCCUUAAAAUUGUUUUUAAAUAAUGACUGUACUGUUACUUUAUUAACAUGCCUAUAUCCAAAAGCGGUUCAGGCACAUAAAAUGACUUUAAAUGAAACAUGAUAAAUGUAAUUGUAUAGCAGUCAGUCUGAAUAUAAUCAGUCUGUUAAUAAUACUUGUACAUUUUUCUACAAUAAUUUUACAAUACACAGAAAAUGUAAUGUGAUACCCAAAAAAUACCUAACUGUUACUCUGUAGUACAUGACAUGUCAUUUAAAGGAAAAUUAGAGUUAUUAUCAAAUGAAACUUUAAAGCUGCUAUUUCUAUUAAGACUCCAUAUAAUUAUAUGGGAUGACAUUUAACUAGAGCUUAUUGGGGCGUGGGGAACAGGCUGGGGUUUUCCGAAUUAACAAAAAAUCCCCAAAUCUUGAUAAAAAAAAUCUUCAAUUCAUUUUAGUAUUACUACCAAACAGCUAUAUGGGGUUGCAAACAAAUCACUGCACAUUUUUACUAAUUUUGAGGGUAGCAUGAUGAAAAUACAUGAUAAAAAAGGUCUCACAUUAGCACAUUUUGCCUGUGUAUCUCUAUCAUUUUUACCCAAAUUUGAGGUUUUCUCCAGCAUUAGGGGAGCCGUUGUCCCCGCCCUCUGUCUCCUUUGCUUGUGGUUGGAGGUAAGGACGGUCAUGAAAUUAUUAUAUAUUCAUAGGGCCAUUUUAUAUCAAGGUCUUCUUUUUUUCCUAUCCAGAACUCAGUUUAUUGCAAAUAAUUUUAAACUGUUUGAAUAUUGUAGAGAUUAAAAGCUGUAUAUACACAGCACUGAGUCGCGGAAUAAUUAAUAAAUUGUACAGGUUUGAAUGAUUAUUUUAGUUUAUAACAUUAUUUGCUUGUUAGGCUUAUUACACUUGCAAGUGAAGACACACAUGUUUAAUAAAAGUGUAGUUGAUUUUAUAUUGGUACAGUGUUUCAGUAUGGUGUCUAGAGACUGCAGCUUUAAAGGUAGUCCUGAAUUUGCUAACAUUGUAAGAUGUUUCUGACUAAAAUUGUAAGAUGUUUCUGACUAAAACUGUAAGAUGUUUCCAACUAAAACUGUAAGAUGUUUCUGAAUAAAACUGUAAGAUGUUUCCAAUUAA